AUCAAGGUCCAACCAGACUCAUCACUCUCUCUCGCCCUCGCACCGGCGCCGUUCCCUCACCGCCGGCGCCACCGCGUCGCCGCCUACAGCAGUACACCAUGCUCCGCCUCCACAAAUGGAUCCUCACCGAACUGCUCCUUCCUUCCACCUCCGCCUACGCCAUCUCCCCUCUCCACCGCCUCAUCUCCGCCGCCGCGCCCGCCGUCUCCCCCAACCCUAGUAGCUUCGCCGUGGAGGACUACCUCGUCUCCUCCUGCGGCCUCACCCGACCACAGGCCGCCAAGGCCUCCGCCAGGCUCUCCCACCUCAAAUCCCCCGCCAAGCCCGACGCCGUCCUCUCCUUCCUCGCCGGCCUCGGCCUCUCCGGCGCCGAUGUCGCCGCCCUCGUCGCCAAGGACCCGCAGCUCCUCUGCGCCGGUGUGGAGAAAACCCUGGCCCCCAACGUCGCGGGGCUCACUGGCCUUGGUCUCUCGCGUUCUGAGAUCGCACGCCUCGUCUCGCUCUCCCGUAACAGCUUCCGCUACAGAUCCAUCGUCUCCAAGCUGCAGUACUACAUGCCUCUCUUUGGGUCCUUUGAGAACCUCCUCCGGGCCCUCAAGAGGAACUUCUACCUUCUCUCGUCUGACCUCGACGGCAUCGUCAAGCCCAAUGUCGCUUAUCUGCAGGAGUGCGGGCUAGGUGCUUGUGAUAUUGCCAAGCUAUGCAUCAGUCGACCAGGUCUGCUCACCACCAAUCCAGAGCGUUUCCAGGGCAUGGUGGCACGCGCCGAAAACAUAGGUAUGCCCUGUAGUUCUGGGAUGUUCAGCCACGCGCUGCAUGCUGUUGCAUGUUUCAGCAAAGAGGAGAUCGCAGCCAGGGUGGACUACUUGAAGAACACGUUCAUGUGGACAGAUGCUGAGGUGGGCAUUGCUGUUUCUAAGGCUCCAUUGAUACUGACAAGGUCCAAGGAAUCGCUGCAGCGCAGGUCUGAGUUCCUCAUCUCCAAGGUGGGGUUAGAACCGGCAUAUAUUGCUUGUCGUCCGGCAAUGCUCAUGUAUAGCUUGGAGGGCCGGCUCAGACCCCGGUACUAUGUUGUCAAAUUUCUCAAGGAAAGUGGAUUGCUAGAUCAUGACCGGCACUACUUUGGUGCAGUCAUGAUCAGCGAGAAGGUAUUCGUCGAGAAGUUCAUAUGCCCUCAUAAGGAUGCUGCACCGCAUCUCGCUGAAGAUUAUGUAACAGCUUGCAGAGGAUCAGCUCUCUGUCGCCCUUCUCUGGUGCUUGUUGAAAUUAUAGAAUCAAGAUUAAUGAAAUGUAGGAGAAGUGAACAGGUUGGCUGAUGAAGUGACUUACCACCAGGUGACAAGAUAUGGGGUUCUUCCUCAAGCAAAAAGUGGCUGGGCAAUAGGAGCAUACUGAUUUAAUGUAUUUGAAUUUUUGCAAUUGAAGAUGUGCUGAAACUGGAUGUAGACGGUGCUUUCUUCCUCUUCCAGGAGACGAUGCGAGACAUGUCGGCAAUGGCUUUGAUGCACUAUACAUGAUUCUGAAGGCUCUGUAAGUUGAUGAUGCCCUGAAGAUUCAGUGACAAGUAUGGCCUGAUGCUGGCGUAAGUUUUAUUCAGGGAAGCUCCUACUUAUCUCUUUUUUGAACUUUUAAGUUAAAGUAAACCUUCUAGUGUUAUACUAGAGAUUGUAACAUGGUGGUUGAUGAGUUACUGUCGCAUGCCUGUCGGAUUCAUCAGCUCAGCUGAGUGAGGCAAACUGAACAAAAUAGCAAGUCGAAUAAAGUAACAGCAUCUUGUGCUUUAAUCAAUUCAUACUUGGAGCUCCGUGCGCUUAUAUUUGAAAAAAAAUGAACGAAUCAUGCAUGAAUGUAAACAGAAAGCGUGAUGUAAAUUUUCUACUCUGAAUUCUGAAUUUGAAUCAGAGUUGAUUGUUAACUCUAAAUCUUUCAGACUUCAUGGGUUACACCCAAGUAAGUGUGAAGCUAUAGUACAUGUUUAAAAAUCUUAACUUGAAUUAGAGCAGAAAGUUAACAGCAAUCUUAUAACAAAGUUUUUUUUACUGUACUUUUUCCUCCAACACGGCAUUUUCUAUUAUCACAGCGGCAUCUCUAUGACACUUGUUCUUAAGUUUUCCUAACAUUGGGACUGGGGUUAACUAAUUAUGUUGAAAAAUCAUUUUCUCAUCUUAAAAAACAUCAAUGAUUAGAGGAUUCUGAGCAAAAAGCUAUUCUGUAGUUUUCAUAAAUGUCCAAUUCAGUCUAUUAAAAUGGGCAUAUUUUCAUACAGGUUCAGCAAAACAGAAAUGUCAUUUUUAUAGUGCGAAUAAAAUUGUUUUACCCUAUAAUUUAAAGUGUGCAUUUUUAGUAUCUAAUGUAUUGAAGGCAUGUGAUGAAUACCAAUUGGAAAUGGUAGCUGAUUGCAUCGUUCUUAUUUCUGGAAUUUCUUUCUCCAAUAUUUUCUCUAAAUGUUGGUUGUGCAGAUCUGACACGGAAAAUGAGAGGAACAAUUUAGGGUGACAUAUUGGUGAGGAAGAAGGACUGAUUUCUUUUCUGUCUCGCUUCUGAACACUAUAUGGUCCUACUUAUUGUUGCAUGGUUAACAAUGCAAAGCACCAGUGGAGUUACAUGUAUAGUGCAAAUGCGAGACAAUAGAACGAAUCUGAAGUUUUUCAUCUCUAUUCCAUAGAGACAAUUGUUAUAAUUUUCGGGGUCAAAACAGGAGCUGUAUUUUAUCAUCAACUGUCAGCACCGUGCCUUCAUCAUGUAUUAAGUUUACUAGUGGCCAA